UCCCCAUCACAGCUUGGAUCGCUCUGCCUGUGCUAUCCCCAUCAGGUCUUGGUCAUUCUGGGCAGUCACUGGUGUGUCUCCCCCAUGGACUAAGCUGUGCUCGUUUUCAGUGCUGAGCUAUACUUGGUCUAUAGUUGGAGCUCAGAGGAUUGUUGGGUGAAGAAAUGAGAGUAACUGUGUGAGGAGUGUUCAAAAUCCUUAACCCCUGGUUAAGAGGCCACUGACCAAUCUGGAACACAGCCUGGCCAGAAUGCUGAGGUAAGGUCUUCAGAGCCUCCAGCUGUUUCGGGCACGUGGGAGUGGGGGAGAGGUGUCCCAGGCAGUCACCAGGAGCUGGACUAUUAACAGACUAGUGUCUUAAUGCCUGCUACACCUGAACAGUGUGCUUCUGGCUGAACAUCAGUUCUGGGAAUCCGAGGGUCAGAGAGGCGGUGCUUCCUGCUGGAAGAUGCACAGCCUGGAUCCUUACUCUGCCCUCAACUAUUAGACCCUGCUGUCCCCCCAUCCUCUGGAGCAAGCAAUCAGUCAUCCCCUCCCCUGCUUCCUUGGACAGCUGCUGUGAUUUGAAUAACCAAGCAGGCUGCUGGAUGUCCAGUACUGACUGAUUUGCCUGGCAAACACACCUUUAGAUCCUUGGCCCUGCCAGUACUAUGAGAAGACAUUCAAAACCCCUGGGGUCUCUGUUUCCUCUACCCACCCCCAAGAGCUGCCUAGGUUGCCGGGUGCCCUUGCUUGACCUCCUGGCGGGGGGGGGGGGGGGGUCCUAGUGCUUACCUGCCCCCGGGAGUCUGGAGAAUACCCUCAGGAAUCUUUCAUAGAAGGGGGAGAAAUGGUGGGCCCCAAGACAGAGGUAAUUGGAGCCAACUGAGUCUGCCCCCUGGGCCUGUCAUGAAAUUUGCAUUGAGAGAAUGAGGCUCCUUUAUGGCUGCCCCCUCCUUUUCCCCUUGGGAUGGUCAUCCCGGGGCUGAGGUCUCACAGGAGGUGGAGGAGGCAGCCCCGUGGGCGUGUGCAUGUAACCAUCUUAUCAUUCCUGGAGGUGAUGCCUCGUGCCUUCCUGGUAAGGAGUAGGCGCCUGCAACCACCCAACUGGAGCCACCUGCCUGACCAGCUCCGGGGAGACGCCUACGUCCCAGGUGGGGCCCUCACUAGGCCUGGAGGUGAGGGGCAGGGGAAACACAAAGCAUCACUGAUAAGGCUUCUCUUCUCAGCCUGCAGAAGCCUGGAGGGGCCACCGGCACACCAAUCUUCCAGCCUUGGGGACUCUUGGGCAGCGGUGAGUCUGCAGCCCAUGCAGGGCACUUUGGUCACCACUCCCAAGGACCCUGGGAUGCUUCGCUGCCCGUUCUGCCCCAAGGCCUUUCCGUUGCAGCGCAUGCUGACAAGGCACCUCAAGUGCCACAGCCCCGCGCGCCGCCAUGUGUGCAGCUGUUGUGGCAAGGGCUUUCACGAUGCCUUUGACCUCAAGCGCCACAUGAGGACUCACACGGGGAUCCGCCCAUUCCGCUGUGGAGCUUGCUGGAAAGCAUUUACACAGCGCUGCUCGCUUGAAACUCAUCUCGCCAAGGUGCAUGGGCAGCCGGCCAGCUACGCCUACCGUGAGCGCCGUGAGAAGCUGCACGUGUGCGAGGACUGUGGCUUCACCAGCCCAAGGCCCGACGCUUAUGAGCAGCACUGCGCCCUACACCGUGCUGCUUGA